AGGGUCGCGGGAACGAAAGAGAGGGAGUGGGAAGCGGAGGAAAAAAAAGAAAAGGAGGAGAAAAAAACGAGGGAAAAGAAUGGGGAAGGCCGUGGCGUCGGAGAAGCAGAAGAAGAAGAAGAAGGGCAGGCCUUCCCUUUCCGAUCUCCAGCAGCGCAGCCCCCUCCCGCCGCCACCGCCUCCGCCUCAGCAGCGGCAGCAGAAUGAUAGGAAGCGAAGCCUUAGCCCUAGUCAAGCGGCCCACAACCCUAACCCUAAGUCAACCCCUCGCCGGAUCACGAGAAGGUACGUCAGCCUUCUGGAGAGCAAGGAGGAGGAGGGAGAGGAUGACGAAGAGAAAGAAGAAGAGGAGGACGACGACAACGACGAUGAUGACGAUGAGCGGAGAAAGGAGAAGAAAUUGAAGCUCGUCCUCAGAUUAAAUCGCUCGUCCCGACCCCGCUCGCCCUCGUCGUUGGGGAAUUCUCGUGAUAGGACGACCGAGGAUGGGGCCCCUGGUUCCGACUCCAACGACGAGUCGGAAAGCGGGGAAAAACCGCCCAAGAAGCGGACGAUCGACUCGGUAACCGAGAUGGCGAAGCCCAAUCUUGGUAAUGGAUCGGCGGUUGAGAGGGUGGAAAAGGGAAAACAUGACCAAAAUGGAGAUCGCACGACAGGCAGAACGCCGCCUGGCUCUAUCACCGGAACGCCUUUACCAAAUGAAAAAUUGCUGUUUUUUAUUCUCGAGCGGCUUCAAAAAAAGGACACUUACGGCGUGUUCUCGGAACCUGUGGAUCCUGAAGAGCUACCUGAUUAUCAUGAUGUUAUCAAGCAUCCGAUGGAUUUCAGCACCGUGAAGAAGAAACUUUCAAAUGGAGUUUAUACCACCUUGGAACAAUUUGAGAGUGAUGUCUUCUUGAUAUGCUCGAAUGCAAUGCGUUACAAUGCACCCGAGACCAUCUACUUCAGACAGGCACGGUCCAUUCAGGAGCUAGCAAAAAAAAAUUUCCAAAAUAUUAGACAAAAUAGUGACGGUACAGAGCAAGAUUCCAGACCUCAGAGGGGCAGACCUAGCUUGUUCAAGAAAUUUAUGCAACAAUCUGCAACCAAACCUUCCGUGGAACCAGCUGCUUCUGAUUCAGAUGCUGCUGUUGCUAACGCUGGAGGAGAUAAUUCCGCCUGCCGUAACAUAUUUAAUAACACAAAAAGACCCUCUGUUUCUGAGAAGGUUUGUAGCCUUCCUGAUGCUGUUGGAAGGGUCACACUGAGCUUUCGUGACAGUGACAUGAGUACCUCUUUCACGGAGAAUAAAUUUAUGAAAAAUGAUGAAGUUUCAGGUGUCAUGCUUAGGGUAAUCAAUGUGAAGCAUGGGAGGAAGCCUUUUGUUUCAGAAGAAAACCGUCGUCAAACAUAUAAUAUUUCAAGUUGGUCAGCUAACAGACGUGAUCCAGUAUGGACUGGCCUUGAUAUAGAAAAAAGGCAACUGAUGCCAGUUGGGCUUCACGUGGAGCAUGCGUAUGCCCGGAGUUUGGCAAGGUUUGCUGCAAGUCUCGGGCCAGUGGCCUGGAAAAUUGCGGCUUGUAAGAUAGAAAAGGUUCUUCCUCCUGGAAUGGGGUUUGGGCCUGGGUGGAUUGGAGAAACCGAAGCUCCACUCAGCAGAAAUUCCCUCGUAAAAGUUUCGCCUUCUGUUGCUCUACCGACUGCUGAGUCAAAGCCUGACACUCCAGAGAUGAAUGUACCCCCUAAAAGGCCACUUGCUGAAGGCCAUGUAAGCCCCAAGAUCUCCCAAGGGCGUCCUCCAGCUGUGAAUGAAAGUGCAAGUCUCUCGAGCAAAGGGAACAGUAACACUUCUUUCAGUCCUGGAAUGUAUAACACAAAAGUUCCUCUUCAGAAUCAUCAGAACUCGGGUGUUCAGGUAUCUCCUAAUGGUUUUAUCAGCAGAUUUGCUCCGCCGCCGAUGGUGAAACAAGGUCACGUUAGUCCAGCUACUUCAGCUAUCAGGCCUGGCAGACCACAGGGCAACGUGGGUUUAACAAGCUCAAAGGCUAUUGCAGAGGCAAUUGCAUCAGCUCAUCUGCUUGAUGCGGCUUCUAGAAACAGCAACGCGACUGGCAUGGUGCCGUCAAAGCUUUUGGAACCGCAGCAGCCCGGACUGGUGGAUGGAAAGAUCCUAACCCACGGUUCAAAUAAUACUAUACCCGAAUGCACGACAGAAGGACGUGAUCGCAGUGAUAACCAAGCUGGCUCUAUGAAUAGCAGCAAUCAGCUGACAUCGUGGCGAGGACCAUCGUUCCAUCAGAAACCUGAUUCAACUCCACCAGAUCUAAACAUUGGUUUCCAAUCCCCGGCUUCUCCGGCGCGACAAAUGCUGGUGGACACUCAGCAGCCAGAUUUAGCCCUGCAGCUUUGAAGUGCCUUUUUUGUCUAUUUAUUGACAACAGCUUUAGUUGUGAAGUAGCUAACGAGGCCUUGACGCCCAGUUACAGUCCAGACAAGGUUUUAGUGCUGGGUGGACACUGAUCUCGUAUCCCGUUGGAGGAUAGAGACUCGGGGUGAAGGGGCAAUAAAUAAGGUAGUAUUAACUCAUUGUGUUGUAAGAUUAGCCAUCUGUACAGUUAGCAAUUCUUCAAACAAAGGUGGAAUCAUAUGUGUAUCAUUCAAAUUAAUGAUUUCCAGUAAUGGAAUAUUUGAGGUAUUUGAAUGCGUGUGACCA